AAUACAACACUGUUCGCUCGCAUGUGAGUUUUGACACAGCAUGCUUCCUGUUGAGAUGUAAAUAUUUUGUAAACAUUAUAACCUUGAAUUUUCAGUAACAUUACGCGUUUUAAGAUUUACAGAUAACUACAAUUUCACGCUCUUUCGGAGAAUUAUCAAACGCUAUUUCGAAAGAUGAAAGCUGGCUUGUUGUCAGUUAACCAGUUAUCCCUCACAAAUAUUCAGAAUCAACAUCAUGAAUUAAGUUAAACCAAUUAAAGAAUUCGUUUUUGUCCGAUAUACUUAUGCUGAGGCCGUUACUGGAAAACUUUGAGAGACUUAGAAGAAACAAGACAGUCUUAUGUCUGAAAUUCAGCACAUCAUCUGUCAUGGCCAAGAGCAAGUUUGAGUACGUGAGAAACUUUGAGCUUGACGACACAUGUUUGAGAAACUGCUACAUUGUGGUUCGGCUGGAUGGACGCAACUUCCACAAGUUUUCAGAUCAGCACAACUUCACUAAACCCAAUGAUGACAGAGCUCUGGGUCUGAUGAGCCGCAGUGCUUGUUCGGUCAUGGAGGAGCUGGACGACAUCACUAUAGCCUAUGGACAAAGUGACGAGUUCAGCUUUGUCUUCAAAAGAUCAACCAAUUGGUUUAAAAGAAGGGCAAGUAAACUGAUGACCCACGUGACUUCCCAGUUCUCGUCCAGCUUUGUUUUCUACUGGAAGGAGUACUUCGGGGAGCAGCCGCUGCUCUACCCACCCAGCUUUGAUGGCAGGGUUGUGCUGUAUCCCAGCAACCGUAACGUAAGAGACUAUCUGAGCUGGAGGCAAGCAGAUUGUCACAUUAACAAUCUGUAUAACACUGCGUUUUGGACGCUGGUGCAAAAAGGUGGACUGACCACAACACAGGCUGAGGAGAGACUCAAUGGAACACUAGCAACGGAUAAGAAUGAGAUCUUAUUUUCCGAGUUCAAUAUCAAUUACAAUAACGAGUCCUCUGUGUAUAAAAAAGGCACAACUUUAAUAUGGGAAAAGGUGAAUGAAACCACAACAAAACAGAUCAAGCGGCCGAAUGAGGAAGAGACAGAAGUUACUGUAACGCGGACCAGAAAGAAGGUUACAAGUCAUUCCUGCGAUGUGAUCGGAGAUCAGUUCUGGGACGAACAUCCAGACAUUUUAGAAAGUGAACAAUGUUGAUCACACACCAUUACAUUUUUUAUUUGGUAUUAAAUAAUAGCCAUAAUAAAAUAGAAACAAAUGUAAGUUUUAUAAGUAUUGUCUUUGUUGGAGGAAGUGAUGGGGGAUGUGGCCACGUUGAUUCCUGGUGGAGAUAAGGAAUGACACAGGGAUCUUGUUCUUUCCUGCAGGGAUGAGCAUCUGUUUUUACCUCACCCCCACUGUUUCCUCUCUGUUUGAGGAGGACUUUAAGUUUUUCUUUGUUCUCUGAUCGAUUUUUUUGAGUUUUGCACACAUAAAAAAAAAAUAAAAUGUGAGAUUUAA